GCCUCUGCCCUCCCCGCGCGCUCAUGCCAUCGUCCUUUACCUUCCGGGCCGCCGCCGCCUCCUGGCGCUCCCCAGUCCCGUUGCCGAACCCUCUCUCCUUCACCCGGGAGCCCGGACAGCGGCUCGUAGGAGGAGCAGGAGCAGGAUGGAUGUGCUGAGGCCGCCCUUGAUAAGGAUCGGGGGCCGAGUGUACCGCAAAAACCUCAUCCAGGAGCAGCCCGUCCCACACGAGGAGGAGGAGGACUUCUGUGCAGGCCCCGGUGAGGGCGCGGACGAGCCCUGCGAUGCCUUUGUGGUGGAGGAGACCGAGCGAGGCUUCCAGAGCCGCCUGGAGGUUCCCAGCCCCCUGUACAAGUACAUCAUUGGGAAGAAAGGGGAAACCAAGAAGAGGCUAGAAACAGAGACUCGAACCUCCAUCAGCAUUCCCAAGCCUGGAGUGGAGGGAGAAAUUGUGAUCACGGGGCAGCAGCGGAGCGGGGUCAUCUCUGCGCGGACGCGGCUCGAGGUGCUCCUGGACAGCUUCCGCAGGAGACAGCCCUUCACACACUUCCUGUCCCUGCCCCUCAACCAGCCUGCCAUCCAGCAGAGCUUCCUGCACUUCAAGGAGGAGGUGCUGCACAAAUGCUCUAAGGAUCACGGGGUCAGCAGCAGCCUGUUCCAGAACCCUGCAAAGCUCCACCUGACUAUCGGGACGCUGGUGCUCCUGAACGAACAAGAGAUCCAGAGAGCCUGUGACCUCCUGCAGCAGUGCAAAGAGGACUUUGUGGACCAAAUUACUGGAGGCCAGCCCCUGACAGUGGAGGUGGCAGGAGUGGAGUACAUGAACGAUGACCCUGCCAUGACAGAUGUCCUUUAUGCCAAAGUCCACAUGAAGGAUGGCUCAGACAGGUUGCAGAUGCUGGCUGAUCAGCUGGUGGAGCGCUUUGUGGCCUCUGGCCUGAUGCUUAAAGAGUGGGACAGGGUGAAGCUGCAUGCCACAGUCAUGAACACUCUCUUCAGGAAAGAUCCAACUGAAGAACGAAGCAACACAAUGCCUGGUAAAUCAUCUUUCAAGGAGCGGGAGUCAUUUAAUGGCCAGAAUAUCCUCAAGCUCUUUGAGAACUUCCACUUCGGGGAGGUGCAGCUGGACUCGGUGCGUCUCUCCCAGAGGUUCUCCUCGGACGCCUCUGGCUACUACGCCACAUCUGGGCAGCUGUGCUUCUCUUGAGGCGGCCAUGGCGGGUCUGCUGUGGGCAUGAUCCCUCAGUGAAAGGUUUUAUAGGACAUGAAUCUUCGAUGGAAACCUGGGAACUCCAAGCUGGGAUGCCUUGUGACUCCUCCAAAGCAUGGGAACCAUGGUAUUUCCCUGCAGCUUUUUCUGCUGCCCUCUUCUUUGAGGCUGCCUUCCUCCUUCUUCCCCCAAACAUCACAAAGUUUCCUCUUUGAUGUCUGUGGAUUGCUGGUUUUCUAAGGAAACGACUAGAACUGGGGCUUUUGGGGCAUCACUGGUGUUUAAAUGUGGGGUUUUUUAUAGAAGAGGGAAGUUUGUUCUUAAAAUAAGUAUUUAAAAUCCAGGAGAGCUUCACCGGAGCACGAUUUAAUGAUAUUGAGGUCAGGCAUUGCUUGGAUCUCCAGCAGCGUGCCUGUGUGAUGUGGAUCUCCAAAUAAAUUAAUUCCCUUCAAAAGCAAAGUGUUUAUCUCCUGUUGCAUUGAUAGUUUCUGUAAUUAAACUUCCAGCACAGCACAUAACUAUGAUAAUAAGAAAGCACUGACGGUUAGAGCUCUUUCCAGUGACCGUUUCAGAGCGUGUCAAAAAACAUAUGCCUUGUAGGUGGUUUCUCCAUUAAAAGCAGCACCAAGCUC